AUGGUUCUGACACCGCCACCCUUGCCAAUGCGCUUCCCAUGCUGGGUGCGCGCAGUCUACUCGUGGGGAGGAGAGUCUAAGCGUGAUCUCGGCUUUAUCGAAGGCGACCUCAUUGAGUGUCUCAACGCAGGCGAUGGCUCGUGGUGGACUGGGAGGUUGUUUCGUGAUAAGAGGGCAGUGGGCGUGUUUCCGUCAAAUUUCGUCGAGGUAUUGCCGGACACUUUCCGGCCGACUACCAGAUCUGUCAGCCCAUUGCCUAACGGCAACACGCCCAGCCCCAGGGGUACUCCGCAAAAAUCGAGAACCUUUCGCAAGCCCUUCGAGGCAUACGCCAAAGCGCCGCACUACACCACGGCCAAGACCCCCGAGACAUGGAAGGAUGGGAUUAAGCCACGCGAUGCAGCAGAGGCGUUGAGGGAGGGGGCAGCUCGAUCCCGCGACACCUCGAGAAAUUCCGUUGACUACUCGAGCAUGACUUCUGCUGUCAGUCUCAAGGGCGGCAGAUCCCCGGCGCGGGCUCCCACCCAUGUUGGGCGAGAUGCUUCUCCAGCCAGAGCCCCCAGCCAUAUCGCGCAGGAGCACUCCCCUUCACGGUCUCCUAGCCACGUCGGCCAAGACUACUCACCUGGGAGGACGCCGAGUUAUAUUGGACGGGAGCCUUCACCACAGGUCCCGAUUCAUGCCAACCGGGAUCCCUCUCCUGCCCGAGCCCCUAGCUACGUUAACCGGGAUCACUCUCCCUCCAAAGCUCCUAGCUACAUUAACCGAGACCCUUCUCCUGCCCGGGCUCCCAGUUAUGUCAACCGGGAUCCUUCUCCUGCUCGGGCUCCCAGCUACGUUACCCGGGACCCCUCUCCCUCCCGGGGUUCUGGCUACGUGAGCCGAGACCCCUCUCCUGCCCGAGGUUCUGGCUAUGCUAGCCGCGAUCCCUCUCCUCACCGCGCGCCCAGCUAUGUCGAUCGGGACCCUUCCCCUUCACGAGCUCCUAGUUUUGGCUCCAGGGGACCCUCCCCUGCCCCGUCAUACAUACCUUACCGGCCCCCACAGGCUCGCCAGCAUGCUUACCAUCUCAGCUUGGACCAGGUAGAGCCCUACCGGCCUGCCCCAUUACAAGGAGGUGAUUCCCCUCCUCCUCCGCCGCCUCCGCCGCACCGCUCAAAGUUGGCAAAGCAUGGGACCCAUGCGUCAUACGACGAGGGCUACUACGGGGGCCUGGUAAAGGAACCUGCUGCGCUAUCUAGAGAGCACUCCAAUGCGUCGUAUUACAGGCCGCGGCAGGGUUCAAACGCAUCUUAUGAGCCCCCGGCUGCGGCCACGGGGUACCAUACUCCCAGGAUGCCAUCGCCGUGUCCCCCCUCACCCGGCGGAUUGACUCCGUCUCCGUUGAGAGAGGCGAUGGACGACGUGAUGGAGCAACUUGAUGCUCUAGGGGCUGGUCGAGAGGCCGAAUCCCCUGCGCCGCCAGCGGCAUUGGACCCCUGGUCCCCCGAGUCUUUUGACAUGGUACAUCAUCUUUCGAGGAAGAAGAGAGACCCGCAACGCCGCCCACAAUCCACAGCGGGAAUUUUGCUUCCUACAGACGAAGGAUACGAAACGUACAGCGGAAGUGCUGAGUCUUCCCAAGAGCCCACUCCUCAAGACACUCAUCAACAGCCUCUCCCUCAGCUCAGCAACUAUGUCGAACGGAUGGAGUCGCGGCUGAAGACUAUGCAUCAACAAAAUUCUAGCAUGCUUGAUGUGGAGGACGAGCCGCCCCCUCCGCCCCCUAAACGCGGUCAUCUGUUCGAACGCCCCAAGUCCUCGGUGGACAUAGAUGGGCAGCCGGAGCAGAAGCUGCGGAAUAAAAAGUCGGCUUACGAGAUUAGCCGACAGGUCCUCAACAGGACCUUUACCACCAAGACCAACUCGACAAAUAGCUCGUCAGCGACACAAAACACUGAUCGUAGUUUGAUGAGCGGCGUGUCGGCGGGGGGGAUCAGUGCUACGAGCGCCGGGAGCCUCGCAAGGAAGAAUCGGAGUAGGGCUCAGAGUGCGCUUGCUAUGCGGGAUCUCGAUGCAGACCGGCCCGGCACGCCGUUCACGGGAGUUACAUACCAUAGCAGCCAUGCAUCUGGCGACCCACGGUCCAAGUCCCAAAUGGGCCUGCAUGAGGACCCCAUGGCCUCGGUGGGGGGGCUGGUUUCUCCAAAGCCGAAAAAGCAAAACUUUAUCAAGCGCAUCCUCGAGUCUGCCAAGACCGGAGUCGCGAGCACCAGGGGGAGCAUCGCGACUGCGAGCUCUGCUCAGUCACCCUCAGGCCGAUCAACACCCGCUCUUCCCUCUCUCUCUGGGCCCUUGUUUAGCAGACCGGGGCGAGAUGCUGGCAGAGAAAUGGGGCCCGGCGCUGGCGUGGACUGGGUACAGGUGCGGCGCGAUGUCAACCGAUCCAACUCGCUGAGCCAGAACGAGCUCUUGGAGAGAAGAGAAAGGUGUCAAAUGCUCGACUACCCUGCGUUGGACCCGGUGGAAGAACUAUAUAGCAGUAUCGACGGUGAUGAGGGAGCGGACGGGAUGCCGGUGGCCGAGCCGGUAAACUACAGCGCCAUCAACCUAAGUCAGGUCGACAAAAACUCGCGGCCCUACCGUAGUGACGUACAACGGCUGCGCUCCAUAUUCACCUGGGUGUCGGAAAAGAUCGCAUGGGAGGAGGACUUUGACGGCCCCAUUGACACGCGGCGGGUGAUACAAACGAAGCGUGCGUCUGCCGAGGAGUAUGCAACUCUGGUCCUAGAGAUGUGCGCAGCGGUCGGGUUGACCUGCGAGAUCGUCCGCGGAUACCUGAAAUCUCCGGGAGAAAUUUCGGAUGUCAACAUCAUGCCCCGGUCCAACCACUGGUGGAACGCCGUGCUGGUGGAUAACGAAUGGCGGCUGAUGGACUGCUGCCUUGCCAGCCCUUCAAAUCCGCGCCGGGUUCUCUAUUCGAGCUACAACAGCUCGUCUGCCGACCCCUGGUGGUUCUUAGCGCGCCCCAUUGAGCUGUGCUGGACGCAUAUUCCCGAACACCACGAGCAACAACACAUUUGCCCGCCUGUGGCCCACGAGGUUCUCCUUAACCUGCCGUGUGCUUGCCCGCCGUUCUUCAAUAACGAGCUGGAGAUGAUCGACUACAACACCUCGCUCACGCGGAUCGAAGACCUCGAGAUGGUGCACAUCAAGUUCAACGUUCCGGCCGAUGUCGAGGUGGCAGCCGAAGUCGAAGUGCGUAGCUACUCGCGUGACGCGGACGGCGACUUCUUCGAAUCGGGCGACACAGUCAAGAAGCGGGCGCUCGCGCAGGCGGAGUGGUUCAACGGGACCAAGCGGUAUACUAUCAAGGCCCUACUCCCGGCUGACGAGGGUACGGGUACGCUCAAGGUGUAUGCCGGCAAGCGCGGGCUCAUGCACAGCAUCAAGGACAUCCCGCACCCGCUGGCGUUUGCCCUGCCCAUCAUCCACACGGGCGAGAACCCGCCUUACGAGUUCGUCACCCGUCACCCGACGCCCCACGCCCAGCGCCACGACAUCUACGUCGUCCAGCCCCAGUGCCAGCGGCUCGCGCUGAACAACACCUUUGUAUUCGCCAUCCGUCAGCACCCCAGCUCUCUAGGGGGCGCGUCGGCGUCGGCCAUUUCCCCGAUGACGCCCUCGUCCAACCCGGGCAAUGCGAGCCCAAUCCCGUUCAUCAGGCCCAGCUCCGCUAUGAGCAUGACCAGCUCCGCGGCGGGCUCCAACCCGAGCACCGUCGCUAGCGGUGGGAGCAACUCGUCGUCGUCGAAAAAGCCCGCCAAGCUCGCUAUCCAGACCCCCGGUGGGAAGAUCCUCCGGCUCAUGCGCAAGGAGGAGAGGCGCGGCAUCGGCGGUGUCUUGGGCGGUGGGAGGGGCCCGGCGUCCCCCGCAGCGUCGGGGCCGUUGCUGGGUGACGACGAUGCUCCUGGUGAUGGCGGGGUUUGGGAGACCAUCAUCAAGUGCUCGGAGCGCGGGGUGUGGCGCGGCCUGGUGCUGGCUGAUCGCACGGCGAGGUGGUGCGUUUUUGCGGAGUGGGUUUGUGAGGGCUGA